AUGGGAAUUAUCCUCGCCCCGUACGAUGACUCUAUGCGCCUUGGCCAGGGUUACAACUCGUUCCUCCACGCACCAUGUGUAUACGAUGCGGUCAGGAUUAACCAAGAUCGUAUUGGCCAAAAGCCCGCCAGCAGCGAUGGAUCUGUCUCGCAGAAUGUCAACUACUCAUCGAGGUUUGUUGACAAGAUGUCGGAUGUUGUUAAGAGUCUCAAUGUGAGCGCUGGUUCUUCCAUCAAGAAUGGAGGCAUUAUCGGUUCGCGCAAUUCUGUCACUGUGGACGAGACCAAGUUUGCGGCAAGCGACCUCAACGCCAUUGUCUCGGUCAAGGUGGUCAACCAGAAGACAGAGUUACUCGAAAUGGCACAGUUCAAGGCUGAGGAGGGCCUCAACUUGAACAGCGAGUCGUUUCUCAAGAUCUACGGGAACUGCUUCAUCUCCGGUUUUGUCGAGGGCGGGGAACUCACUGGUGUCGUGUCAGCCAAGGUGUUGGAUGUAGAAAACAAGACCGCUGUCGAAGAAGCCAUCAAAAGUCAAGUCAACUGCUGCUGCAUUUCGUCAGGUCACAAGAUGGACUUUAAACUGAGUGAUACUGAUUCCUUCUCUGAACACGAGUCGGCGAUGAGACAGACCGAGACAACCAUUACGGUCAGUUGGUCUGGAGGAGGCCAGAUCAAGCCAGAAGAGGAAGAGUGGACUCUCGAGUCUCUGUACGCGGCGGCGGCAGCGUUUCCAUCAAGGGUGGCGCAGUGUCCCCAGCGAACAUGGGCCAUCCUAACUCCCUACAACCACACAAAGAACUUUGUCGUGUGGGCCAAUGAUCAAGGCAUCCGGCUACCUCAGUUUGAGACGGCACAGGUCUAUGCCGAUGACUUGCUAGACAUGUACAUGGAGUACAAGAGCUGCGUCAAGCAAAUCCAAACUAUUCUGGAGAAUCCCGAUGCCUACCUUGUUAGAGCAGUUGAAAAUGCCGUUGGUAUUGACAUAGGAGAACUCAUCAAGGCGCGAACCUCCUUGAAAGCCCAGAUGAAGGCAAUAAGCCAGACCAUAGACAAACUUGCUCUUCGUCCUGAAGACAUUGACGAGAUCGAGAAGCAGCAUCCCAUCGAGGCUCCAGAACUUUGGGCCGCUCGGCUCCCAAUCCGAAAAGACCAAGCCAAUGAGACUCCGAACCAGGCUGCAGGAGCUCUCUCGCUGUUCUCUUUUGAGUCAUCUGACGCAGAACCAGCUUUUGUUAGCUCCGACGUAGAAGCCUACAUGUCUGCCGAGGAGAAAGCCGAAGUCUGGUCCCCCUCCAACCGAAAGACCUUCAGCCACAUGUUCUUUGACAAACCCAUAGGGAAGCAUACCGACGGUUCCUUCUGUGAUGCUCUGGACAUAGACGAGGGGAAGCUGUCCUCGCCGUGGCCUGACAGGUUCUGCUUCUACUCCAUGUUGGCCACAGACGUCAAAAGUAAUGUCACUGCGAAGUCGCUCGCCCAUUUCUCGACGGAUUAUGGCACAAGAUCCUUUGGUCAUGGCCGCUCGAUGCAAGACUCGUAUGAAUUCCAAGAGACGGCAAUUUUUGAGAUGCGGAACCCCGACGAAUACGUGACACGUCUCGUCAUGUACCCUCCAAUAGCCUCCGAGUUGGCCCCAAGUAUCACCUACAUGGUAUUUGAAACUAAUAAGGGAAACACCUUUGAAUGGGGAAUCAAGAGAGAAGGGUGGCACCUCGACUUGCCAGCGCCCCCGAACUGCGGCUUGGUGGGCUUUUACGGCGCAUCUGAUAGCAAGUCAGUCUAUCGACUGGGACCUAUAUGGCGAAAGAGCCGUGCCUUUCGCUGA